CCUCUCCUCGCGCGCACGCCUUUUUUUGGCCGUGCACAAAGGGAAACUCAGCCAAACAUGGCCACCUACGCCAGCGAACCCGCGGCGGACGCGUUCAUCAUCCUCGUCUCGUUCAUCGGGAUCUUCUUCGCGCUGUACCAGUUCUCGCUCGUGCAGCGCGUCAAGCUCGUGGAUUCCUCGAACGGCUCCGGGAAUGGCGCGCCGCUCCUCACGUCCCUCGGCAUCGACACGACGAAGCUCAUGGGGAUCUACGAAGCCAUUCGCGUCGGCGCGGAUUCUUUCCUUCGCGCGGAGUACACGAUCUGCAUGUACUUCAUCGGCGCGUUCGGGAUCGUCGUCCUCAUCCUCACGUCCUACAUCGAGGAGAAGUGGCACUUCGACGAGGGCGCCCUCACCGCGGUCGCGUUCGUCGCGGGCGGGGUGACGUCCAUCAUCUCCGGCCUCAUCGGCAUGAAAGUCGCGGUGUACGCCAACGCGCGCACGACGGUGUGCGCCGCGGGCGGUAACCCGUGGACGGACGCGUUUAACUGCGCGUUCAGGGCUGGCUCCGUCAUGGGAUUCGCGCUCUGCGGCCUCUCCAUGCUCAUCCUGUACUCCCUCGUGCACCUGUUCGCGUUCCACUUCGACGAGUGGGACACGAAAACGUCCGAGACGCUCAAGCUCAUGGAAGCGCUCUCCGGGUACGGCCUCGGCGGCUCUUCCGUCGCGCUCUUUGGCCGUGUCGGCGGCGGCAUCUACACUAAAGCCGCCGACGUCGGCGCCGAUCUUGCGGGCAAGGUUGUCCAGGGCAUCCCCGAGGACGACCCGAGGAACCCGGCGACGAUCGCGGACAACGUCGGCGAUAACGUCGGUGACGUCGCGGGCAUGGGCUCCGAUCUCUUCGGUUCUUUCGCGGAGGCGACGUGCGCCGCGCUCGUCGUCGCGUCGGCGUCGGAAACCCUCGUCUCCGAGGGGAAGUGGCCCGGGCUCAUGUUCCCGGUGACCAUCUCCGCGGGCGGCAUCCUGGUCUGCCUCAUGGUGUCCUUCGUCGCGACGCACAUCAAGCCCGUGAAGAAGGAGGCUGACAUCGAGACCGUCCUCAAGCUCCAGCUCGGCCUCACGACGCUGCUCCUCACGGGCGCGAUCGGCCUCCUCGCGUGCAUGUUCCUCCCGGAGGAAUUCAUCCUGUACAGGGUGGACGCGACCUCGAUCACGUUCACGCCGCUCCGCGCGUGGGUCUGCACGUGCAUGGGUCUGUGGUCCGGCUGCCUCAUCGGCUUCAUCACGGAGUACUACACCUCGCACUCGUACAAGCCCGUGCGCGAAGUCUCCCAGGCGUGCGAGACGGGGGCGGCGACGAACAUCAUCUACGGCCUCGCGCUCGGAUACAAGUCCGCGGUGCUCCCGGUGUCUCUCCUCUCCAUCGUGGUGUACGUCUCGUUCUACCUCGGCGACAUGUACGGCGUCUCCCUCGCCGCGCUCGGUAUGCUCUCCAACCUGUCCACCUGCCUCGCGAUCGACGUGUACGGCCCCAUCUGCGACAACGCCGGCGGCAUCGCUGAGAUGGCGGAGCUUCCGGAGCACGUCCGCGACGUCACGGACGCGCUCGACGCGGCGGGCAACACGACCGCCGCCAUCGGCAAGGGCUUCGCGAUCGGUUCCGCGUGCCUCGUCGGCAUCGCGCUCUUUGGCGCGUUCAUCACGCGCUCGCAGCUCACGAUGACGAAGGUUUCUCUCCUCGAGCCGAUGAUUUUCGCGUCGGUUAUCUUCGGCGCGAUGAUUCCGUACUGGUUCAGCGCGAUGACGAUGAAGUCCGUCGGUCAGGCUGCGAACGAGAUGGUCAAGGAAGUCGCGAGGCAGUUCCGCGAGAUCCCGGGCCUCCUCGAAGGCACCCCCGGGCACGCCCCCCCCGACCACGCGAAGUGCAUCGAGAUCUCCACGGACGCGUCUCUUCGCGAGAUGAUCGCCCCCGCGGUGCUCGUGAUGACGACGCCGCUCGCGUUCGGAAUCCUCCUCGGGAACGCCCCCGUCGCGGGCAUGCUCGCGGGCGCGAUCGUUUCUUCGAUCCAGAUGGCGAUCUCGUCCUCGAACACCGGCGGCGCGUGGGACAACGCGAAGAAGUAUGUCGAGAAGGGUUCCGUGUCCAUCGACGGCGUCGUCCAGGGCAAGGGUUCGGAGCUUCACAAGGCUGCCGUCGUCGGCGACACCGUCGGCGAUCCCCUCAAGGACACGUCCGGGCCCGCUCUCAACAUCGUGAUGAAGCUGAUGGCGAUCCUCUCCCUCGUGUUUGCGGACUUCUUCCUUUCCAUCAACAACGGCAAGGGUCUGCUCAUGCUUCCGCACUAAGAGAGACGCGCGGUGAGUAACAUUUCAUCGAUGAUUUCAUUUCGACGACGAAAGCCGCCUCGUCGUCGCGGUUGGUUUCGAACGAGCCGCGACUGGUAACAUCGAGCGAGCGAGCGCACGUCGCGAAAGUUGCAUUUUUACGUAUUAAGUUGAACCUUACUCUCAUCUUCGUAUUUCGCAUUGUUUCGAACGUUGUUAUAAAAGAGAGUCUAAUAAAACAC